AUGGAUAAGUUUAUACUAAGACUGAACACGAAAUUUGUUGACGCCUUCAAUAUGAAUACCGUACUUAACGACACCGAGAAGAUCACAUUUUUAACCGGUGCUUUACAUACAAAUUACAUCUCUAUAAAACUGUCACAAGUCGAUUGCCACAAUUCAGACAAAACUUCAAUUCGAGAGGCCGAGGGAGAUUUACAGGCCGAAGAGGUUACCACAGUCGAGGAAGAUUUUUUGGACGAGGCAAUUUCCAAAAUUCAGGACAAGGCCGCGGUUCUAAUAGUAACAGCUCGAAGACUCAGCCAUACUGGUCACCCGACCAAAACCAACGCGGAGAAUUCAACAGACGAUUUGGAAAUCGAGGACGAGGAGGAUACAAAAAUUAUGGAUUAA